AUGUCAGGACAUACUGCAUUAGUCCCAGAGCAGAACAACAACAACAGCAACCAGGAAAACAAAACUUCAAAUAUGCGAGUCUCAGAAAAAAAGUGCUCAUGGGCUUCCUAUAUGACCAACUCCCCUACUUUGAUUGUAAUGAUUGGCCUUCCUGCCCGGGGCAAAACUUAUAUGGCCAAGAAAUUAACACGCUACCUCAACUGGAUUGGUGUGCCUACGAAAGUGUUUAAUCUAGGAGUAUAUCGUCGUGAAGCAGUGCAGUCGUACAAGUCCUAUGAUUUUUUCAGGCAUGAUAACAAAGAAGCCAUGAAGAUUCGGAAACAGUGUGCCUUGGUGGCGCUGGAAGAUGUGAAAGCUUAUGUCACGGAGGAGUGCGGGCAGAUAGCUGUGUUCGAUGCAACCAACACGACUCGAGAGAGGAGGGACUUGAUCUUAAAUUUUGCUAAAGAGAAUGCUUAUAAGGUGUUUUUUGUGGAGUCUGUCUGUGAUGAUCCAGAAGUCAUUGCUGCCAAUAUCCUGGAAGUGAAGGCCUCCAGCCCUGACUACCCAGAGAGAAAUCGAGAGUAUGUGAUGGAUGAUUUCCUGAAGAGAAUAGAGUGCUAUAAAGUCACAUAUCAGCCCCUUGAUCCAGAUAAUUAUGACCAAGACCUUUCCUUCAUUAAAGUGAUCAAUGUGGGACAGCGGUUCCUGGUAAACCGUGUCCGGGAUUACAUCCAGAGUAAAAUCGUCUAUUACCUAAUGAACAUUCACGUCCAGCCACGCACCAUCUACCUUUGCCGGCAUGGCGAAAGCGACUUUAACCUUGCUGGCAAGAUCGGUGGGGAUUCUGGCCUGUCACCGCGUGGGAAGCAGUUCGCUCAAGCCCUUAAAAAAUUCAUUGCCGAGCAGGAGAUUGUGGAUUUGAAGGUUUGGACGAGCCAGCUGAAGAGAACCAUCCAGACAGCCGAGUUCUUGGGGGUCCCCUAUGAGCAAUGGAAGAUUCUGAAUGAGCUCGAUGCUGGAGUGUGUGAAGAGAUGACAUAUGAAGAAAUUGAAACUCAGUACCCAGAUGAGUUUGCGCUGAGGGAUCAAGAGAAAUAUCUUUAUCGUUAUCCUGGAGGAGAGUCGUACCAAGACUUGGUCCAGCGUUUGGAAGCUGUGAUUAUGGAGCUGGAGCGUCAGGGCAGUGUUCUGGUUAUUUCUCACCAGGCUGUUAUGCGGUGCCUGUUGGCCUACUUCCUUGACAAGAGCGCAGACGAGUUGCCAUAUCUGAAGUGCCCCCUUCACACCAUAUUCAAGCUCACUCCAGUUGCUUAUGGGUGCAAAGUGGAAACGAUCACCUUGAAUGUUGAAGCAGUGAAUACCCAUCGAGACAAGCCUUCUGGGAGUACUAACAACCUUCCAAAGAGCCAAACCCCUGUAAGGAUGAGAAGAAACAGCUUUACGCCUCUGGCCAGUUCGGACACAAUAAAGCGCACACGAAAUUACAGUGUGGGGAGCAGGCCUCUCAACCCACUGGGGUCUCUGCUAUUCCCAGAGGCUCGAGAUGGGGCUGAUCAGCAGAAGCUACAAAAGCUGAAAAAUGUUUGCAUUAGAACAAGGCCUUCAAAAAACUGUCUCUCCUUGUUGACCACCUUGGCAGCCAGAGGAAUGUUUUAGAAUUGGGGUCUGGGAGUCAAAAGUUAUGGGUUCCAUUCCAUGGGUUCCAUAUUGACUAAUUUUAUGGCACUGAUCAAAUCACUUAAUCUCCCUGUACCUUGGUUUCCCAUCUGGGGAUAGUACCCAUGUUUAUAAAGCACUUUGAGAUCAUCCGAUGAAAGGUGCUAUGUAAGUGCCAAAUAUCAUUGUCGUGGACUUGAGGGGAGCUCAUUUUAACUAUUGAUUUUAAAUUAGAAAACUGAUCUUGAAACAGCUUUUUAAAAACUCUGGUUUCCAAGGCUUUCUAAUGGAGAUCGUCUCAAUCUGGUGUUGCAUGUCAAACUGUCAAGAUGACCGUGGUGGUCAGUUAUUCUUUUAACUUUGUUAAAACACGUCAGGUUUUUUUUUUUUCCAUUUCAUAGAUCCAGUGGCCAGGAAUUACCCCAUGCAGAUGGAAGCACAGACUACACUCUUCCAGACAAUUCCUCUUGGGUGUUCCAGUCAUUACAUGGACCUAAUGCAUUCCCUCCCUCCCACACACCCAAGACAGAAUUUAACCCUAUAGAAAUUUA